AUGGCCACCAAUUAUUGGCCAAGUGCACUAUUAUGUGCCUUAGCAAUAUCUUUCAUGGAAACAACCAUAUUAGCUUCAAGAGACUCUACCUCGUUUCAUAUGCAUAAGUCUCCUCCACCCUCAUCUCCUCCACCAUCGCCGCCACCGUCACCACCACCGUCACCACCACUACCAUCGCCUCCGCCUUCACUUCCACCACCAAAACAUUAUUACUACAAAUCUCCACCGCCACCUCCUUGUGACCGUAAAUCUCCACCGCGGCCGUGUCCACACCACUACUGUCCACCUCCGUGUCACUAUAAGUCUCCACCCCCUCCACCAUACAAAGGAUCUCCACCUCCGCCGCCACCACAAACUCCGAACAACUGUCCAACUCCACCACCGAAAAAUUACUACUACAAAUCAAAACCGCCGCCAUUGCCAAAACACUGCUACUGCCGACCUCCACAGUCACCUCCACCUCCACCAUCUCUUCCAUUACCAAAACCCUGCUACUGCAAAUCUUCAUGGCUACCCCAUCUCUGGCUGCCGUGUCCACCCAGAAACUGUCCACCUCCACCUCCACCACCACCACCUAAAAAUUAUUACAACAAAUCCCCACCGCCGCCAUUGCCAUCUCUGCCAUUGCCAAAAACCUGCUACUGCAAAUCUUCAUGGCUGCCCCAUCUCUGGCUGCCGUGUCCACCGAGCAACUGUCCACCUCCACCACCACCUCCACCCUCACUUCCACCUCCACCACUGAAAUAUUAUUACUACCAACCUCCACAGCGGCCGCCGCCAUCUCCGCCAUUGCCAAAACCCUGCUACUGCAAAUCUUCAUGGUUACCCCAUCUCUGGCUUCCGUUUCCACUCAGCAACUGUCCACCUCCACCACGACCACCACCUCCACCGUCACCUCGACCACCGAAACAUUAUUACUACAAAUCUCCACCGCGGCCAUCUCUGCCAUUGCCAAAACCCUGCUACUGCAAAUCUUCAUUGCUACCCCAUCUCUGGCUGCCGUAUCCACCAAGCAACUGUCCACCUCCGCCGUCUCCUCCACCACCACCUCCAUAUAACUAUAAGUCACCACCAUCCCCAAAUCUAUACAGAUCUCCACCUCCGCCACCACCACCACUACCUCCAUAUAACUAUAAGUCUCCACCCCCUCCACCACCAUCCCCAAAUCUAUACAGAUCUCCACCUCCGCCACCACCGCCACCACCGCCACCACCGCCACCACCACCUCCGAAGUAUUAUUAG